AUGUCGGCUGAACCAUUAAACCUGUCCCGUGAGAAAAAACGUGCGUUUCGAGCUGGUAAAUUUCCGGAAGACAUCAUCACAAAAGACAUGAUACGUGAGGUGACUUGUACGAUUGAUUGCGCUCCCGGGACACCAAACUACAAAGAGUUCAAAGUGACCGAAGGGAUGUUGUUCACAAAGGUUCCGGAUAAUUUGACGCCUUCAUUGGAAUUUUGUGAUAUGCUUCUGAAGAUUAAUGGGAAGGCAGUGACGACGAAGAAACAGAUGCAUGAGGAAAUUUACAAAUUGGCAAAGUCUAAUAAGUCUCAUUAUCUCGCCUUCACUGUCAAACGAAUCAUCAGUUGUGAGAGAUUGGAGUUAAGUAACACACCAUCCAAUGCGUCCGUCCGAAAACCAGCAUCCAAGGAAAAUACAGUAAAACCAAAUACUGGUUACAACUACUUCAAAAUUGUGCUCAUCUAUUUUCCGAAGAGCAAAUUGGGAAUCAAUAUCAAGUCAUACGCGGAUUCGGUCUACGUGGCAGCGACUGACAACGCAUGGGGUUCCACAACCCGUCGUCUGCUUUUCCCAUGUGACACAAUUCUGAAAAUCGAUGAGACUCUAGUCACCUUGUAUAUUGAACGACCUGUGGGCACAGCUGCAAUUCUUUUUUCUCACAGCGUCAUUUCAUACGAACGAAAAUCAUUAGAUCCAUUGAUUCCUGGUGAUGUUGUACAGAAAUUCGCCGAACAGCUGGCUUAUUACGAGAAGAACGGAUUUCAGGAUCCGCCUCCAAUUUUCAGAGGAUACACCAAAGAUUAUAGUUCAUCGGGACGUGUCAAGAUGACGAAUACUGUGGAAAACAAGAAAAUCCGAUCUGAUGAUAUCAACCCGGCUAUUCUAAAACCAGUGCCACCACAAAUGUCUCUAAAGAAAUAG